CACGCAGAACGGAACCCUAGACGAGAGAAAAACUACAAACCCUACGCGAGGGACUCUAUUUUUUCAACACAACUAAUAGAUUUUAUGUAUUAACUAGUUUGCUACUAGAUGAGAUUAACAAUAUUUUUUUUAAGUAAAUAGAUUAACAAUAUUUGGUUAAUUUUGAUGAUAAACUUGGAUUUUCCCCUAUUUUUUGAGAGUAGUGAGCCUAAAUCACAAUAUAAUCUAUAAUUAGUAUUUAAAAACACAAAUCAUCAUGCAUUCAUUGGCAUGUGCCACCUUUUUUUGGUUGAAUAAUGCCACAUGUCAUCUUAUUUAACCUAUCCUUUCAAUCCCCUUUCUAAAAUAUAAUAAAAAAUAAAAACAAAAAGUAGCCCUAAUUCAAUACAUAUUAAUAUUGUUUAGUUCAUUCUCCUCCAACUUAAUAUGUCUUAAAAGUUUAUUUAAUUUCCACCCCUUCUUCUUCUACCAAUAAAUAAACAAACAUAUUUUAAAUAAAAAAAUACAUUAUAUACCAAUGAAUAGCUGUGCGUUGCACGACUAAUUUUUCUUUAAUUAAGAAACGAGAACGGUCGAUGCCUUAGUGCAGGCCUCGUAACAGUGAUUUCGUGCCGUCAACAAUCAGAGUAUCUUUGAUUAAUUCAUCUCAAAUCCUUAUGCCACCAAAAAAAAAAAAAAAAAAAAAACACAAACAAACAGGAAAUGGAUUAUUAUCUGUUUGUAAUAAGAGUUAAAAAGUUGUUGUACAAUUUAAAUUUUCUGAUAAGAGUAAUAUUAGUCUAAUUAGCAACAGAUGAAACAAUUCCAUUUUUAUCUAAAAAAAAGUUGCCGAAAUUCCAGCAAAAUAUUUCGGAAAUAAAGCGGAUUUUUUAAAAUUAAAGAACUUCGCCAUUUUUCUCUCCUCUGGCUUGCCUCAUUCUUUUCUCUUUCUCUAUGAAAUUAAUGGAGCAUUCCCCUCUACCUCCUCGCAGAAACAGUUCUUGUGAUCCUUCAGAAAUUGCGGAGAGGGGUGUCUUUCAGAGGCUCAGAAGAAUAUCUGGACACUCAGAUCCUUUUCCUGUUCAUGACUUUACUCAUUCAGAGGAGGAACCACUAGAGAUGACAGAAGAAGCGGCUGCAGAUGAUCAUUCACUCAGAGAAGAAUCCGAGGAAUUUUCAGAGUCUGAUACAGUGAGUACCUCAGACUCGGAACAUAACUCUGGUGGACAAAAUUCCCACUGGCGAGGAUUCAUCCAUAUGUUAAAAAAGGGACCUAAGCGUUUUCAGACACUUCAUCCAUUGACUUUGCCUAAGCUUACUAGGCGAAAGAGUAGAAAUGCUCGGCAUCGCAUGAUCCCAGUUAUACCUGCACUAGAAAGUGGGAUGUGCUUCUUCAAGCCGUCUUGGAAAAAUUUCUCACUCAAAGAGCUUCAAGAGGCAACAAACACGUUUAGCAAAGAAAAUAAAAUAGGAGAAGGAGGUUAUGCUGAGGUUUAUAAGGGAGUUCUUCCAAGUGGACAUCUUAUCGCUGUAAAACGUUUGUCCAAGGGAGACCCUGAAGAGCUGGCUGCAGACUUUCUAUCCGAGCUUGGAAUCAUUGUGCAUGUCAAUCACCCUAAUAUUGCUAAAGUUAAUGGUUAUGGUGUGGAAGGGGGCAUGCACCUUAUUCUUGAUUUGUCUCCUAAUGGAAGCUUAGAAUCUGUACUCCGGGGUUCAAGGGAGAAACUCCUAUGGGAUAUUCGAUAUAAGAUUGCCUUGGGUUCAGCUGAAGGCCUGCAGUAUCUUCAUGAAGGGUGUCAACGGAGAAUAAUCCAUAGGGACAUCAAGGCCGCCAACAUACUGCUUACAGAGGAUUUUGAAGCACAGAUCUCUGAUUUUGGGCUUGCAAAGUGGCUUCCAGAUCAAUGGACUCACCACACCGUUUCAAAGUUUGAAGGAACAUUCGGCUACCUUCCCCCAGAGUUCUUCAUGCAUGGCAUAGUAGAUGAAAAAACUGAUGUUUAUGCUUAUGGGGUUCUCCUGCUGGAACUUAUUACUGGUCGCCUGGCAUUGGAUAAUACUCAGAAGAGCCUUGUUAUGUGGGCCAAACCGUUUCUUGACAAGAGCAAUUUAAAGGAACUUGUUGACCCAUAUCUUUGCGAUAGCUAUGACAAGGAUCAAAUAAAACUACUGGCCACGACAGCUAACAUGUGCAUUCAUCAAUUCUCAAUUGAACGACCUCAAAUGAGUGAGGUUGUGCAGACCCUGAAAGGUGGCUCAAACUCUUCUGAACUUGGGAAGCUUACUCAAAAACCUUCCCUUCGAAGAUCUUAGUCAGUGGAGCUUUUUGAUGCAGAAGAGUACAACUCAACCAAGUACUUAAAUGACGUGGAUCAGCUCAUGCAAAUAGCGUUUGACCUUUGAGAUUCUAGCUGGAUUGUAUGUGCCGAUUUGGUGUCAUUGGUAUCUUCAUCUACGACACUUAGAGACUGCAUCAGUAACUGCAGCCCUGCAAAAUCUUAUACCUUCAAAUGGGUUGUGGGAUGUGAGUUAACUGUUCACAAUGUAUAAUCAUGUACUAAUGAGGGGACAAAUUGCAAAUCAAUGUACAUCAUCGUGUACAGGUUGCUGCUAGCAGCUCGUGCGUCACUGCAUGUAUUACCUAUUACAUGAAAACAAUUUUCUGCAAGGGCAGAAGAGAUAUCCUCCUAAGAAUACUUUUGUUGUUUUAUUGUAUGCCAAGAAUAUGUAUAUAGUUCAUAUUGGUAUAUAACAAAGCCUCACGUACGCGUGCUACGCUGAAGUGUGAUUAGUCACAUAAUUAUGGUUUAUAAUAAUGU